GUCAGGCCAACUUUGGACACAGAAGCUGCCGACAUGAGCCAACCCCGCAGUCUGCUUUCGUUGCCACUAGUUUCGUCGGCGUCGGCUUGGUGUGUUCCGGCCUUAAGGAUUUCAGUAACACAGCAUUUGACUCUCUUAACGAGUGAGUAAUUAAAUCGUUCAUUCAACCGAUUCGUUCAAAAUGACUGAUUCAUUCAGUAAGGAAACAUCGCUGUGUGUUGACAGAGACGCAAAAUAGUUCUACUGUAGCUUUGUAUGUAACUAUUUACCUUGGCGAAAUUGAGCAAAAACAGGUAAUAUUGUGUCUAAAAUGCAAGUCACUUAAUACUUUAUUUUUAUAUGUUGUAUAAAAUCAAUAUCACAUUUGCAAAUGUGCUGAUUUUGAACAAAAGAUGUCUUUGUGUGAUUGCUUAACUAUAUCAUAUGAUAUAAAUAUAGCCUUAAAAACAAAUUCUUAUACAUUUUUACAUUUCCAUUUCAAAAUAGUAAAUCACUCACUCAGUGACAACAUGCACUCAAAAUACGCACGUGCAAUAACCUUUUCAACGGCUCUACUCACCCCUGUAUGCAUACACUCUCUUGGCGUGCUUUUGUUUGGUUUUUCCAAAGUGAGGGACAUACUGGAUAAUGUCAGAUCGCACGUCCUUAAAACAACAAUUGCUAUAUUAUCGUAGACGAUAUAUAUCACAGAAUUUAAGGACUUUGAUGUCAUACGCCGAUCGGUCUGCGCAGCGCCGAUGCAUUUCGAACAACAAGCCUUUUGUUUUCAUUCAAAAGUACCAGGUACGCGUCUCAUGGCGUGACGUCACAAUGCAUCGAACGCAGAACGUGUCGUCACGCUUGACUGUAGCUUAUUUAAAGGCUUGAGGCUCACCAGCUCAUUUUGUAGGUUGUUCGGUGUAUUCUGUUUUCUAAGUGAGUUUGACGUUACGCCCGAGAGUAUUUGAAGGCUUGAAACGCACUUGCUCAUUUUGUUGGCUGAAGUUUCGGAGUAUUCUGAUUUCGGACAGAAGUGAACUUGAAGUUUCGCCUGAGAGUAUUUGAAGGCUUGAAACGAACUUGCUCAUUUUGUUGGCUGAAGUUUCGGAGUAUUCUGAUUUCAGCGUGAAAACAGUGUUAUCAUGGGACAACUAAGUUCGCGACUAAAGAAAGCGACCUGUGCGGAGCACGUACACGAACAACAACCCUGUGUACUGCUCAAAUACACCACCACCACGGCAGAAAACCAUCCUCAUCAGCUCGAUGAGACGCCUGGUGGUGCUGGUGAGAUUGAUGAAGGGAGAAAUGAGGCAGGGAGAGACGAGGAAAAGACGACGACGUCUGGGAGAUUCCGCCUUUUUCGCAAAAGAGCUGGAAAAUACGACCUGGUUCAGGCUGAGAAGGUGUAUCAGAGUGAGGCGGGAUCAUACCAGAAAAUUACUGAUGAUCACACUCCUCUACAACACAUCACUAUUGUGGAGAACCCUGAUCAUCAAGAAGCUCCCGCCUCUGAAGUCCUCCCUGAUGCUGAAGAACAGCUGGAGCAGGACGUCCUCCAACCUCAGGAUGUCGACGCUCCACUUACUUCGGCUGAAGAUGAGAGCAUGGAAGAGCUGGACAAGGAUCAGGUGUCUCUACCGCACAUCGUGGAGAUCCCUGAUCCUCAAGAAGCUCCAGCCUCUGAAGUCCUCCUCCCUGAUGCUGAGGAACAGCUGGAACAGGACGUCCUCCAACCUCAGGAUGUCGACGCUCCACUUCGUUCAGCUGAAGAUGAGAGCAUGGAAGAGCUGGACAAGGAUCAGGUGUCUCUACUGCACAUCGUGGAGAUCCCUGAUCCUCAAGAAUAUCCAGCCUCUGAAGUCCUCCUCCCUGAUGCUGAGGAACAGCUGGAACAGGACGUCCUCCAACCUCAGGACGUUGACACUCCAGUUUGUUCGACUGAAGAUGACAGCAUGGAAGAGCUGGACAUGGAUCAGACUUCUCCACAGCACAUUGGAGAGAUCAAUGAUCCUGGAGAAGCUCCAGCCUCUCAAGUCCUCCAUGCUGCUGAGGAACAGUUGGAGCAGGACGUCCUUCAACCUCUGGAUGUCAACGCUCCAGCUGAAGAUGACAGCAUGGAUGAGCUGGACAAUGGCCACAUUUUCUGGCGAUAUGAAUUUGGACACAAGCUGGGUCAAGGAGGUUUUGGCUAUGUGCAAGCAGGGACUCGCUGCAAGGAUGGCGUUAAGGUGGCUUUGAAAAUUGCAGAAAAGAAGCCAAAUAUGCCAUAUAUAUUAGUUCCUGGUCAUCCCAAACGCCUCCCCAUGGAGAUCGGCCUGACAUUAAUGGCCAAUAAGGGCCCCCGAGUUCCGCAGAUAAUUAAACUGCUGGACUGGCAGGACGACCCGGACCACUACAUCAUGGUCAUGGAGCGCCCCAUCCCAUGCACAAACAUGUUAAGCUUCAUUAAACUUCAAGGAGGACGUCUCGAUGAGAGGACUGCAAGGCACGUUAUGCAGCAGGUCAUUCACGCUGCUAACGUUUGCUGUGAGCGCGGAGUCUUCCAUCGAGAUAUAAAACCGGAGAAUGUCCUGAUAAACCAUGACACCUUGGAAGUCAAACUGAUUGACUUUGGGUGCGGUGAGCUCAUGAAGGAGUCUGCCUACGUGGCCUUCCGUGGCACAAGAGUGUACUGUCCACCGGAGUACCAUGUCAACGGCGGUUACCAUGCGAAGCCGGCGACAGUGUGGUCACUAGGGAUCCUCCUGUUUGCUACGGUGUGUGGGUAUUAUCCCUCAUAUGAUGACCUGCUUAUGAUCAGCGAAGACAAAUGGUGCGAACCUGGCCUGUCACAAGAAUGCUGCCAGAUGAUUAGUGCUUCUCUGCAGCCUGAUCCAGAGCAGAGACUUAGGCUGGAAGAGAUGCGGCUCCAUGACUGGUUUAAGGUACUAAAAGUCAUGGUGUAAGAUGGAGAAUAACAGAAAACAGCUCCAUCACAGCCACCCUUUUGUGUCAGUCUUUAGUCAGAUUUGCGUCUGGUGGGCUGACACAAGUGGCUUUUCCAUACCAAGGAAAUGUAUUUAUUUAUUUAUAAGAAAACGUAUAAUUUAUUUAUAAGAAAAUUUAUCAGAAAAUGUAUAGUUUUAUAUAUUUAUAAGAAUAUGUGGUCCCACUUUAUAUUAAAUGUCUUUAUCUACUAUAUACUAACAUUUAUAUUUAUUAAAAAGUGUGACCGAGAAAUUUUAUAAUUUAUUUAAAAGAAAAUCUAUAAGAAUAUGUCCAAUUUGUAUAUAAGAAAAUGUAUAAUUUAUUUUAGAAAAUAUAUUUAUUUUUUUAAAAAAGAAUAAUUUAUUUUUUAGAAAAUUCAUAAGAAAAU